CUCGGGCUCGUCAGUCGUACAACCAGAGAGCAGUGUAUUUACUCAGUCCUCCGACUUGCACAACCAACUGUCUGAUUGCAUCUGAAAUACUCCAAAGAAAUAAGGACACAAUGACUUCAGUAUACUCCUCACACUACAAUGAAGACGACAAGGCAAAAGCCCAGGACAUCAUGAACCAAAUCACGGACAGGAAAGUGAACAGCGAAGUCGUCUUCGACCGCUACUCGCAGAUCAGUCAGGAUUAUGAAAAGGUCAUGGGGGUUGUGAACUACAACGGCCCAAAGGAGACAGCUGCAACAGUGGCAAAACUGUUUCCAAGCAACAGAAAUAAUGUCUGCAUGCUGGAUGUGGCGGCUGGCACGGGUCUCUGUGCGUCUGAGCUCAACAAAUAUAAUUUCAUGGAACUAGAUGCGCUCGAUGCAUCAGAGGGAAUGUUAUCGGAAGCCAAAAAGAAGGGACUGUAUGGUCGUUACAUCAUUGACGUGUUAGGGGACAACGAUCUUGAUAUCAAAAACGAUACAUAUGAUGCAGUUAUCAUAUGCGGACUUAGCACGGACAUUAUGAGACAACUUCCCAUCAAGGCCUUUGAGACGCUCAUCAGGAUUGUUAAAAGAGGUGGAUACGUUGUCAAUACAGGCUUCUACACAUCGUUCACCAACGGUCAACCUGACACUGAGGAUUUCCGAAGACGUUUGCGAACAUUGGAGUCUCAGGGAAAGUGGAAGCAAAUGGAAGUCAGGCGAUUUCACCAGUAUCUUCAAGGUCGCGAUGGGGCUGUAUCAGUUCAUAAAAUAUGUUAAACGCGUGCAACUCAAAAAUUGUGUCUGUCACACCAAGUGUUCUAUGCUCAAACUGUUUCAUGGAUUUGGUUAAAUGCUGAUCUGAUCAAUUUUGUUUGUAGUAGUGCCAUAGUUUAAAAUCAUCAUCUAUGUAGAUGAUAUAUUUUGGUUCAUUUACGUAGAAUAAGCUUGUUGCCUUAUACAAUAUUGCAAUCAUGCGUCUCCUUACUGAGACCGUGAUAUUUUGUUGUGGAGUUACGACCUAACCAGGAUAUAGAUUAAACUAUAUAUAUUUCUUUCAUUUGGCUUCUUCUGUAUUUUCAUAACAAACCGCAAUAAUUGCACAUAAUGUUUUCUAACAGUCUGUAUAAAAAUGUACACACCAAGUGUUCUAUGCUCAAACAGUUUCAUGGAUUUGGUUAAAUGCUGAACUGAUCAAGUUUGUUAGCAUCUCCAAACAUUCAUGAUUUAACAAAACUAUGCUAGAUUUAAAUGAAGUGUUACCUUAUUUAAUGUACCCAAGUAAAGAGAUAGCAGGGUUGAAAGUAGAAGUGAAGUAUCAUCUACGUAUAUGUCUGUAUCAUCUAAGUAGAUGAAAACAUCUACGUAGAAAAAGGUAUCAACUCAGAUGUAAGUAUCAUCAUCGUAGAUGAUCAAAACACUUAGACUAUGGCACUUAUACGUUUCUAUAGGUGUCAGCAAAUAGAAAUUUUUCAAUGCAAUUACUGUAUCUUAAUAAUAAUUUGUAUUGUUUUGCUUUGUGAUGAUUACAACAUAAGGAAUACAUUACCGUAGCAUGCAGGAUGUCGUGGUCGAUAAUUUCCUGGGAAACAAAAUCCCCUUAUUCUCUAGAUUAUUUCUCCUUGAACGCCUUAUGUACAUAGUCCGAAGUACUUUAAAAGGAAACUAUAUGAGUUAUUUGUUAUGUGUGAUAACUGUUUUUCAAUGCAAUAACUGUUUCCUCGUAAUUUGUUUUGUUUUGCUUUGUGAUGAUUACGUUAGGGUAGCAUGCAGGAUGUCAUGUUCGAUAUAUUCCUGGGAACAAAAUCCCCAUAUUCUCUAGGUUAUUUCUCCCUAUGUACAUAGUCUGAAGUGCUUUAAAGGGAAACUGUGUGUGUUAUAUGUUAUAUGUGGUAAUACUGUGUAUUAUCAAGGUUUCGGUUUAACACGACAUAAUUUCCAUCAUUAUAUUGGAUAAAAACAAAAUCUGACAGGACUGAAUGACACGAGAUUAAGCAUUACAUUGUAUUUCGGAAGUACAGAACUGUGCGUAAAUCAGUAGGCUAUAUCACAAAAUGCAAACCCAAUGCAAUCCCCAGCUUUCAUUGUUACUUGCAAUGAUCUUUCCACAAAUACAAUGUAUGCUCUGUCAAAAAAUCAGCCAAUCAGAGCCUUAGCAAUGUAUGUGAUAUUUAUGUAUAUUUUUGUGUUUCACGCACAAAUGUGUUGGUAAACCAGGUUGGUCUGCCAACACUCCUGUUCUUAUUUGUGAAUGUCAUUUACAAACUGUUGAAUAAAUAUGUCAAAGGUC